GUAUAAUGUUGAAUAAGGAAAUGUGCUUGUUUUUUCUCUUUCAGGAAGCUUGAAAAGAAGAGGUUGUCAAGAUGCCUGAAACUGGCGGCGCAUCGGGUGCACCCAAGAAGGGUCUGACACUCGAUUACCUCAUCGCGGCCAUCGACCAGCAUGAAAGGAAUCCGAGCAAUAUCCCAAAGGUCGAUACCUUCCAUUUUUGUGGGGAAAGAGUCUCGGAAUGGCUGGAGCGGGUGGAACAAGCUUUGGUCGGGCGGUCGGACAUUGUAAAGUUUCAAUGCAUCCUUCAGUAUGUCAUCCACAGCUACCACCAAGAGGUGAAGAAAGUCAUAGAUCCAGCCCAAGGCAGCUGGGAGAGGUUUAAGGAGGGGAUGCGGAGGAAGUACCGUCUGGGAGAUGGGUUGUUGACUACCGCGGACCUUGAGGCAAUGAACAAAGAGGAUUUUACGACAAUAGGGGCCUUUGUCCAAGAAUUUAAGAAAAGGGCGCGGAAGGUCCAUGGGAUCUCGGAGGAAGCACAGUGCGCCAUCUUCCUGGGGCUACUCACGGCGUCGGAGGCUGUCGAAUUGACGAGACAUGGAGGAGGUAGCACCAAGCUCACCUGGGCCACCAUUGACAGAGAGGUGGAAGUUGGGUGUCUGGACCAGGUGGAGCAGCGUCAGGCCCAGCCUGUGGCCCCGCCGCCGUCACCCGCUCCCAGUUCACAGGGAAGCGUGGCAGGAGGUGGGAACCAGGGGCAGGGCAAUCAAGGCAACGGAGGGAGGGGUGGAGGAAGGGGGCGAUGCACGAAUGGCGGCGGAAGAGGAAGGCAACGGAAUGGUCAAGGCCAGCGGUACCAAGGCCAAGGGAAUCAAGGCCAGGGGUACCAAGGCCAAGGGAAUCAAGGCCAGGGGUACCAGGGCCAGGGGUUCCAAGGCCAGGGGUACCAAGGCCAAGGGAAUCAAGGCCAGGGGUACCAAGGCCAGGGGUAUCAAGGCCAGGUGGAUCUGGGGAGUCAGGGGUAUGGAAGACCCCGUUUUGACUGGAGGACGGCCAUCUAUCAACAUUGUGACCAGCAAGGUCACACUAUAAGGUUCUGUAAUGUAAGACGGGAAGACGAGAGGAGCGGGCUGAUUUCCUCCACUAUGGAUGGGAACAUCUACGAUCAGUUUGGGGAAGCCAUUGACAGAAGGCUUGGAGGAGUGAGGGCUGAAGCCCAACGAAGAGCGGCGUUUGGGCCGCCACCCCCUGCCAUGUUCAGGCUAUGGCAGGAAAAGGAGGAACCACCGAUUGGGGUGGAGGAAGUAGGGAGCAAUGAGGAAGUGGCUCAAGGACUACAAGGAGGGAGUAAGAAGGAAGAGCCCGUAAUCAUUGAGCUAGAUGACGAGAAGAAGGAGGAAAGGAUGGAGCCUCCGUCCGUCUUAUGUGGGAAGAUGGAGGCCCUGCUGGAUAAGAUGGGGAGGUACCAACAGAAAUUGGUGGGCCUCUGCGAGGAAGUGACGAGAUGGAGAUCUAACAUCCUCAAGGUGUUCCUCUAUGACUCCAGCCUGGAGUCAGCGCCUCGGCGACCUGGAGUAAAUGUAGUGGGGUCGUGCCCACAAUCGGGAAUGAUGGGGAGACCCCUCACCCCGCAGGCCUGGCUGGCGCAGGCAGCACGAACGAGAAAUCAAGCGAGAGUCAGCGCCAACCAAGAACCUCCAAGGAGGGAGCCGGAACCAGGAAAGAGGAAAGAGGCCGUGGAAGUGGAGGAUGACGAUGAUGAAGAGGAAGAAGACGAGAGGCUGCGCCAGGAAGAGGAUCAGAGAGCGGAGCAGCGGGCAAGGAAAAAGGGGGCCAGGGGAGAGGCCGAGCCGAUCAUACGUGACGGACCAACCAAAAAGAAAAAAUACGUGGUUCGGUUGGAAGAGGGAUUUGACGUAGAGAAAGUGAUCGACCGGCUGUUGGAGGGGCAUAAUGACCUCAUGACCCUGAAGGAAAUCCUAGCGUCAGCCCCGCGGCUCCGCGAUGAACUGAAGGGGAGAUUGUCGCGGCGCUUGGUGCCCAAUGUCCAUCUGGGCACGAUUCUGCCCAAGGAGGCAGAAUGGGCGGAGUCAGGCACGAAGAUGGAUUGGAAGAACACCGGGCCAAGGAGUAUAAGGAACUGGCCCAAUCCAGGAUCAUUCACGAUCAAGGAGUCGGAAGGGGAGCGCCGAAGGCUCCAGGCAGAGCCCGAAGCAGGACAGAGGGUGGAAGCAUUUUCCCUCAGCUUGUCAGAUGUUGGAAAGGCCAUGGACCUGGUGGCCGCGCAUGAGAUGGCAGAUCCGGAUGCCAUCCAGGCCUUGAGGGAGCAAGUUCUGGAAUGCCCCGAGGCAGGAAGGUUGGAGUUGGUAUAUCGGCUCCCAGGCAGCGGAAGGCACCCCGCAUCAGCUCAAACACAAUCUGAAAGCCUUGGCCAGUCAAGCUCGUUGAACCCGGCAGGGAAUGUGGACGAAGUGCCCGAGAGCCAGGACGACGAGUUCGAGGAAGGGGAGAUUAAGGAGGCUUUUCGUGCAGAGGAGUACGACGGGAUCAACCUAGAGCUGGGGCUUCUUUUGUCAUGUGAAAUGCGGCUAAGGGAUGCAAGCAAUAGAGCUCAGAGGAUGCUGCAACGCCAUUUAGUGCGAGACGGUCACCUUUUCGUGAGAAGAGAAGUGGGGAAUCCCAGGAGAGUCGUCUGCGUGGAGAGCGUCGCCUCGGGUGAGGAGCAUGGAGAGCAGGCAGAGGAGGUGCCACGUGAGGAGGUGCCACGAGUGGAGGUGCCACGUGAGGAGGUGCCACGAGAGGAGGUGCCACGAGAGGAGGUGCUACAGGAGGAGGUGCUACGGAAGGAGGUCCAGGGUACUCAGCGAGAGAGAGGGCUAGGCGAUGAGGGGAGACGUGCGGGGAAGGAAGUGAUAGAGGUUGGAGAGGACACGCCUCCACACACACCAGCGGUAGGUUUGAGACUCGGGGAUGCGCCAGGGAGCACUCGCCAAGCGGGGGAGAGAUUGCAGAGAGAGGAGGCUCCAUUACCCUUAUCAAAAAAGGCUCCUUCGCCAGAAGAUAGGGCAGAAAGGAGGAGGGAGAGGGCAGCUGUAAGGAAAGAAGCCUUGACCCUGAUUGACAGGCAUCUAGCAGCUUAUGCCCUGGAGCACCCAGACCUGGGGGAGCCAGCACCUGCAGAGCCGCACCAGGAGCCAUGCCAGCUCGAGAAGGAAAUGGAAGCAGAGAUCCCAAAGAGGGUCGACCUCCGCACGAGGGAAAGGGCGUCAGCUGGAGAGACGGCGGAAGAAAAGAGGGCGAGAAGAACCAGGCGGAUAGAUGAGAUAUGGCAAGAGAGGCAGAGGUUGGAGGCAGCGCGGGAGAUUCAGGAGCAGCAACAGGAAAGGCAGAGAUCGGAGGCAGCAGGAGCACUCCCAGGUCAGCCACCCAGCGUGCCAGCUAGGGCCCCGGAGAUCCCUGAGAUGUGGAGAGACUUCUGGGAGCGAAGAGGAGAGGAGUUUCCCUCGCCAGUCAGAGCCGGGUUUGGGGUGGCUAGGAAGGCGGAAGAGAGGUUAGAUCGCAAAAACAAGUUCCUGGCAAAGACAACUUUUGACCGGCACUUGUUAUUGGAGAGCGAUCUGGCAGGGAGGAAGAUGAAGGAAGCAAGCCAUGGAAUACGCCUGGAGGCUAUGGAGGUGGAAAUCCAGGAACUCAAGGAGCCACCUAUGGGGAGGGUUAUCCUGGAGCCAGAGGAGGCGAGAGCACAGAGACGGGCGGAGAGAGAGGCAUUCGAGUUCAGAGCUCCUACCGAGCUCGCGACACUGCCAGUGGCGGCGGCAAGCCCAGUCGUACAUUUGGCACUAGAGGAGAGGAUGCCACCAUCUAGCAGUGAGCCGGCUCAGGGCUCAGUAGAGGGAUCCAUGAGCGUGCUCCUUGAGGCGGUGCAUACUAUGCAGGAGGAGGUGAGUUUGUUUUCACCUCAGCGGAGGAUAGAGGAGCCUCUUGAAAGAGAGAUAGGGAUUGAGGCAGAGGGUGCCAUCGAGAGGGGGCUCCAGAGGAUGGGCAUGCCCGAGUAUGGGCCAGAGGAGAUUGAGGAGCAGUCCAUGACAGUGCCAGGGGAGACACUCGAGAGGAGACCUCAGAGGUUGGACACGCCUGAGUACGUCCCAGUGACAGAGAAUUUGAGGAGCAGAAUGGGAUCUUGGGCUACUGGAUCUGGCUUUGGAGGACUGGUUCCUGCGGUAGAACAGCAGGAGGUCGUUAGUACAGUAACUCCUCGAUUAGAGCAACAGGGGGUUGUCAGUACCUUGGUGGGAGCUCCUUCAUCGCCACUUCCUCAGCCCAAGAAGAAGAAGUUCAAGAGGAAGGUUGCUCAGUUAUGCUUUUAUUGCAAGAGGGGCGUGCAUCUGGCUUUGGACUGUCUCGAGUUCCUUGAGGAUAAGGCAGAAGGAAAGGUCUCAGACGCAGGGGGUAAGAUGUGUGAUAGGCAGGGUAGGAUAGUAGAGAAGUCCGCAGAUGGACUUAGGGCUCAGUUAUAUAGGCAAAACCAGGAGGAGUUGAAGAGGUAGGGCCGGUUUUUCUAUAUAAGUGGGCAAGUAUCUUGUGAGACAUCAGUUUAGGUUCUGUGUAAUACCCCUUUAAACCUAGA